AUGAAAUAGAGAACGUUUUUCAAAUUAGCAGAGGACGUCCCACCCGUUUGCUUUUAUAAUGUUAGAAACGGAUGAAUUGACCGAUCAAAGGAAUGAAAAAGAUUAUCUUCUUGAAUUUUCAGACUCUGUUGAUUUAGACCAACGUCGCCAAUAUAUUGAUAACUUUCUAGACUCUUUAUACAAAGAAGCAUUAUCAUCUUCCCUUGAAUUAAACCCAGCCCUUUUUACAACUGUUGCCCAGCAGACAUAUGUUACUUCCAACUGCAAAUAUACACCUGUCCAGUCUUCAGAAAGAAAACCUCACAAAUGCAAGACCUGUCAGGAAUCAUUCUCAGAACUGUCUCUUUUACAAGAACACAAGAAAACACAUCAAACGGAAAAGCAGUUUAGUUGCACAACUUGCAAUAAGAAAUUUACACACAGCCACCAACUUGAGCUCCACAAACGAAUACACUCGGGGGAGCAACCAUUCCUUUGCAGCUUCUGUGGCAAGAAAUUUACUUUCAGGAGUACUUUGAAAUGCCAUGAACGGACUCAUACUGGGGAGAAACCAUACAACUGUGACAUUUGUGGCAUUAAUUUUUCUCAGCCGAGCAUUCUUUCGACUCACAAACGAACGCAUGCCAGUGAAACAGAAUACAAAUGUAAGGUCUGUGCUAAGAACUUUUCCAGUAAAAGCAGUCUUCAGAGUCAUGCUGUUACGCAUACAGGUGUAAAGCGAUUCCAGUGUGAUACUUGCGACAAGAAGUUUGGCAUUUUGUGCAAUUUGAAAAGACAUAUGCGCACCCACAAGGGUGAGAAACCAUUUCAUUGUGAAAUUUGUGGUAAGAACUUUACUCAGAGUAACAGUCUUCAGGAACACAAGAGACGCCAUACUGGGGAGAAACCGUUCCUUUGCAAUUAUUGCACCAAGUGUUUUGCACGCAAAAGGGACCUCAUACAACAUGAGAGGACUCACACGGGUGAAAAACCAUAUUCAUGUGGCACAUGUGGUAAAAGCUUUUCUCAGGUUACUUUAUUAAAAACGCAUGAACGAGUGCACUCUGGGGUGAAACCUUUUAACUGUGAUCUAUGCGGCAAAAGCUUUACCCAACAAAGCAAUUUGCGGGUACACAAGAUUAGCCACUUGGAGAAGAAGCAGUACCACUGUGACACAUGUGGUAAAGAUUUCUCUCAGUCAAGCAGUCUACAGCAGCACAAGAUUCGGCAUAAUGGCCGGCAACCUUUCCAAUGUGAUAUCUGUGGUAAGAAGUUCAAUGUCAGGGGUAACUUACAGAGACACAGCAGAAUACACAGAGGGGAGAAGCCAUUCCAUUGUGAUAUAUGUAAUAAAAAUUUCUCUCAGAGCAACAGCCUUCGUGAACACCAAAGAAGGCACUACAGAGAGAAACCAUUUUCCUGUGAUUUAUGUCAGCAACAGUUUUUUGUGAAAAGUGCUUUAACAGCACACCAGAAAAGCUGUAGUAACAAACAUGUAAUUCUGUGCCUUAUUGUCGGCAAUUAAUUUUUUUUUUUUUAUAUGAAAAAAACUUUAGUUGGUAGGUUUAAAGUAGCUUACAUACAGAAAGUUAAUGAGAGGCUUCACUCAUUAAAAUACUACAAGUUCUGACCUAUGUCCUUUCUCCUUAAUUUUUGCACCAUUACUGUAACAGUAUACACCUCCAAAAAUUAACAGGAAUGCCCUACAAGGCCUUCUCAACAGUUAAGGCAGUACAGGGGGUAGAUUUCCUUUUUAAGGUUAGGAACUACUUUCCUUAGAGUAGUUCUUAUUUAUCAAGUGCAAAUAUGACUGAAGUAGAGUAUUCUUAUAUCUGAAGAUGAACACCCAUGACUAACAAUCACACAUCUACACAGUUCAUCCUAGUAACUUUCCUCAAAGAAAAGCAAGCACUGACCUAUGACCUUUCUCCUUAAUUUUUGCACCGUUACUGUAACAGUAUACUCCUCCAAAAAUUAACAGGAAUGCCCUACAAGGCCUUCUCUUACCUCUCCUGUGCCCCUGCAUCUUCAUCAGACUCCACAAGAGGAAAGACCCAUUUCUGGUUGCUCCACCUGCUGAACAAAUAGCAGCUAAACACACUUUCUGUUCUAACUUAAAAAAGAUAAGAUACAUUGCAUACUGUCAUCCUCGAUGUGUCCAAAAAAUUAAAAAAGAGGUGGAAUGGUCAUGGCAAGAAUGCCUUUGAUCAUAGAGCUAUUGAAUCAAACCAGAGCUUACACUAAACUUUUUGUCCAAUUCUUCCCUUGAAAUGCAUCCCUCUGAAGUAAUAUCUUAGAAAUUUUAUCAGUUCGUCCCAUAAGUUCUGUCCAAUUUUACCUUAUUUUAAAAUUGAAUGAAAUUUAAUAGUAUUUUAGAAUAUCUAAUGGAGUUAAAGAUUAUUU